AUGGAGCGGGAGGGCAGCGGCCCGGGUCCCCCCGCGCCCCACGAGCCCAUCAGCUUCGGCAUCGACCAGAUCCUGGGCGGCCCCGAGCCCGCGGGGCCGCACCGGGCGGCCGCGGAGCACGACUACGGGCUGUACGGCGGCGGGUACGGCCCCGCCGGUCCGCUCGGUUCCUACAACCUCAACAUGAGCAUGAACGUGAGCGUGAACGUGACCCCCGCGCCCGCCGCGCCGCCCGCCGGGGUCAUCCGCGUCCCGGCGCACCGGCCCGCGCCCGCUCCGCCGCCCGCCGCUCCCGCCGCGCCGCCGCCGGGGCCCGCGCUGCCGGGGCUCACCUUCCCCUGGAUGGAGACUACGCGCCGCAUCGCCAAGGACCGGCUCUCAGGAGCAGCCGCACUGUCACCCUUCACGGCCACGCGACGCAUCGGGCACCCGUACCAGAACCGGACACCGCCCAAGCGCAAGAAGCCACGGACGUCCUUCUCCCGGGUGCAGAUCUGCGAGCUGGAGAAGCGCUUCCACCGGCAGAAGUACCUGGCCUCGGCCGAGCGUGCCACCCUGGCCAAGGCCCUCAAGAUGACGGAUGCCCAGGUCAAGACUUGGUUCCAGAACCGCCGCACCAAGUGGAGGCGUCAGACGGCGGAGGAGCGCGAGGCGGAGCGGCAACAGGCCAACCGGCUGAUGCUGCACCUGCAGCAGGAGGCUUUCCAGAAGAGCCUGGCGCAGCCCCUGCCGCAGGACCCGCUCUGCAUGCACAACUCCUCGCUCUAUGCCCUGCAGAACCUCCAGCCCUGGGCCGAGGACAACAAGGUGACGUCGGUCUCGGGGGUGGCCUCUGUGGUGUGA